UCGUACCGCGCGCACUGCUGGAAUCACUUCGCAUCGAUAAUUAUAUCGUAAGAUUAUUCGGUUGUUGUUGUUGUUGUUGUCGUCGUUAUUAUAAUUGAAGAUGCCGCCUAAAACGAGCGGUAAGGCAGCCAAGAAAUCCGGCAAAGCCCAAAAGAACAUCUCCAAAUCGGACAAGAAGAAGAAGAAGCACAAGAGGAAGGAGAGCUACGCUAUUUACAUCUACAAAGUUCUGAAGCAGGUGCAUCCCGACACCGGUAUCUCAAGUAAGGCCAUGUCUAUCAUGAACUCCUUCGUGAACGAUAUAUUCGAACGCAUCGCCGCCGAAGCAUCACGUCUCGCGCACUACAACAAGAGAUCCACCAUUACAUCGAGGGAGGUUCAGACGUCCGUGAGACUGUUGCUGCCCGGCGAGUUGGCCAAGCACGCCGUCAGUGAAGGGACCAAAGCCGUCACUAAGUACACCAGUCCAAGUGAAAUGUUUCGUUAUUAA